AUGGGCACAUGUUGUGACUGGCUCUCAUCUCUUUUGCCUCUCCUUUCUUCGCUUCCCUCUCAUCCGUGUCUUUUACCAGCGACCACUGCACUUCCGCAACUAGCAGCUGCAUGGCGCGCUGGCUUCUUUACCGAAAUCCACCAUCGCUUUGAGAAUAAACUACCAGCAGAGCAUAUCGAUGUGACCCAUCGACGCGUCCUUGACCAGCUAUUAGCUGAAAGAGGCGUGGGGCUGGACGUAUGGGACGAGGAGGUCCGUCAACGAUUAGUAAAAGGAUGGCAUGAGCAGAAGGGAUGGCCAGAUGCGCUACCAGCUCUGGAAAAGUUGAGGAAGAAGUUUUUCGUGGUCGUGCUAGCCAACGGUACGACGAGAUUACAGCUUGAUAUCGCGAAGUCAUCCGGAUUGCCUUUUCAUAUGCUUUUCUCGUCGGAGCUGUUAGGACUUACGAAGCCUGACCCAGAGAUAUACUGGAAAGCGCUUCGGCUCAUGGGUGUCGAACCACAUAACGCUAUGAUGGUUGCUGCGCACGCAUAUGACUUGCGUGCCGCAAAGACUAUUGGUCUCGAGACCGCGUACAUCUACAGAUCGACUGAAGAUCUGGAUGAGGACAUGCAGGCAGUGAAAAGGGAUGUAGAUAUAUUUCUAGACGGCAGAAACGGGACUCUCGAUUGUGGCCUCGGCGCCCUCGCCGACCACUUAGAUGCUUAG